AAAACAACCCUAAUUUUAGGAAAACAUCAAACAAUCUCUUGAGCAUUAAAGCUGGCAUUGUUAUGUCACAGUGCUUUCAAAACCUAAACAUGGCAACCUAACCAGUUACAACAACACACUAUCUUGAGCCAAUAUAUAUUUAUAGUACCUUGCUAAAUCAAUAACUAAAAAAACAAGAUGUUAAUAUAACAUAACCAUGCAAUUAAUAAACAUGAGAUGAAGAAAGCUUACUCUCUUUCAUAGAAAACAAAUGAUGAAGGAGGUGGUGAUCGUCGGAGCCGGUCCGGCAGGGCUCGCCGUGGCGGCAUGUCUCAAUAGCUUCUCCAUACCAAACAUCAUAUUUGAGAAAGAAGAUUGCAUUGCUUCUCUUUGGAAGAAGAAGGCAUAUGAUAGACUCAAGCUUCAUCUUGCCAAAGAUUUCUGUUCACUGCCAUUGAUGCCACAUUCAAAGACCACACCUACUUUCAUUCCCAAGGAUCAAUUCAUCCAAUACUUAGAUCAUUAUGCAAAGCAUUUCAUGAUUAAUCCUGUAUUUUGCACUGAGGUGGAGUCUGCAAGAUGUGUGAUGAAUGAGAGAUCACACAAAUGGGUUAUAAUGACCAGGAAUAAGAUCACAGGUGAGGUGCAUGAACACAUGUCCAACUUCUUGGUUGUUGCCACCGGAGAGAACUCUGAGGGUAUCAUCCCGGAGGUUGCUGGGCUUGAGAGCUUCGCCGGAGAAGUCAUGCACUCAUCGGAGUAUAAGUCCGGCGCCGGCUUUGAAGGGAAGAGAGUUCUUGUUGUUGGGAGUGGUAACUCUGGCAUGGAGAUUGCUUAUGAUCUCUCAAACUUUGGAGCCAUGACUUCCAUUUCCAUACGUAGUCCGGUCCACGUGAUGACCAAAGAGAUGAUAUAUUUAGGGAUGGUGCUUGUGAAAUACUUGCCAGUUAAGCUGGUGGAUGUCCUUCUUGUCAUACUUGCAAGAUUGAAGUAUGGAGAUUUAUCUAAGUAUGGGAUUGUCAGACCAAAGAAUGGGCCAUUAACCAAUAAGAUAUCAACUGGUAAAUCUGCAGUCAUUGAUGUUGGUACUGUUCACAAUAUCAAAACAGGAGAGAUUAAGGUUGUGAAAGGGUUGUUGAGCAUUAGAGGGAAUGAGGUGGUGUUCACAGAUGACAAGUCAUACCAUUUUGAUGCUAUAGUGUUUGCAACUGGUUACAAAAGCACUGCAAACACUUGGUUGAAGGAUGGUGGCUACCUAUUAAAUGAAGAAGGAUUUCCAAAACAGAGCUUUCCAAAACAUUGGAAAGGAAUGAAUGGAGUAUACUGUGCAGGGCUUGCAAGAAGAGGAUUGGAUGGAGUCUCCAUGGAUGCUCAAAAUAUUGCUAAUGAUAUCAAGGAGCAAAUUAAGUGUUCCUAAGCUUUUUGUGGUGUGAUGUGUUUGAAGCUUAAUUUCGUUAUGGAAUCAAAUUAAAUAAAUGGUGUUCCUUUACAUCUUAACAAAAUUGAGUUUGAAUAUCACCUUCCUC